GGUACUCGUACUCACCAGAGUUACACUUAGCGCCCACCGGGUUUCUCCCAGAGUUCAUCGCCGCGACCCAAGAGCAAAGAUAUUGAAAACAACAACGGAGAUCCAUGCUGGAGAUGAACGCGCGGUUGCGAAGCAGUUCGCAUCUCCAUACGAUCAAGCCCUUGCAAUAAUGCAAGCUUACAGAGCAUGGGAUUCGCCUUCUGGGUCUUGCCCACCCCGUUUCCAAGAAGAAUACGAGAGACCUCAUGUCAUCGAGAUGUCCUUGUCGGACUGGGGCAAGGUGUCCCGGGAACUACACUUGGACGAAGAGAGUGACGAGAAAUAUCCACGACUUUCGUAUAACUCGGCGACGUCGAAAUUGACCAUCCAAUGCAUACCCUUGCCUACCCAUGACUCUAUUUGCGGUGUUGUGACAGUGACUUUGGCUACGUACAUGCUUAGCCUUCCUCCCAGCCUCAGUGAAGCGAUGGAGCUGGUAGUUGGUGAAGAUCAAGUCGGUGGUGGACGCUGGCGAGAUUCUGGGAAAAGGCCCGACCUUGGCAUAUCCGUAACCAAUUCGAAAGGAGCGCUCGUGCUGAGAUGGGUUCUGGAAGCCGGAUUUUCGGAGUCAUAUGACCACCUGUUAGAUGAUGCACGGCUCUGGCUAGAAGGCAGGCCUGACGAAAUUUCCAUGGUCGUGCUCGUCAACUUCGUCGAAACUCGACGAAUCGCUGCCCAGUGUCACCCGACCAAGAUCCGGAAGAACUUGGGAUUCCUUUGGAUGCGACCAAGGUUGAUGCAGCAGAUGUCAUUCUCGAAGGAGAGUACGGUCCUGCUACCUACAAGGGUUUACAGUGGGUGGGACGUACGUCUGAUGUCUCCAUGGAAUUCUGGGUCCGAGGGGGGGGGAUGGGAAGGCGAUGCGCCAAGGUGACCCCAAAAACCUCCUCCAAGAUGACGAGGUCCAAACUCCUGAAGAACAGCGAUUACUUUAUUUCACAGUCUCUGAGCUCGCCUAUUCUGGGACCACUCAUAGCUUAAUUAUAUAUAGCGGAGUUUGAAGACGUCCAACAUUGAGUCCUAUAGACAUCUUCAUGACAGCAGAUAAUUAUUGGGCUAG